UCUAGAUGACUGGAGUCCAGUGAUGUCUAGCUCCCCGGAGGCCACCAUGUUGGAUAACUCUGAGCUGGUCUUGAGUCCUGAGAAGGGUUCAAGACCUCUACAGAACCUGAGCGAGGCCAGUAUAGAGGAACAGGACUUAUCCUCAGAGCGGAGGCCAGAGAGUCCUGAUUUAUCUAACUGUGACGCAAACCAAGCCCCUGUGCCCAGUGAUGUUGGAGAGAAACCUAACCCUGAUUCUGUUCCACAGUUCCAGAUGUCAGAUAUAGAAUCUGAGGUGAUUCAACAAACACCUCCUCAACCAGAGCAACAACCUGCACAUGUUGCUGCUACAGUAGAUACUUCUGCUACUGUAGAUGCUGCUCCCCAACCGGAAGCUGCCCCUGCUGCUCCCCAACCUGAAACUACUCCUGCUGCUCCCCAGCCUGAGAAAGCAGCAGAGACUGAACCUGAUUUAAGUACAGCUGAUGACAAUGUGUCUGGUGAACCCUAAUACAAGAAGCAAGAUCUAUAAUCUCCUGUACAGAGGGAUUCAACAAACAUGAAAUCCGUGAAUAUUAUAAAAUAGACAUUCAGCGUUAUUAAAACUACAAGGCCAAGAAGUUCGCUAAUGCAAUCCGUUUUACGUUGUGAAUUUUUUGAUUAUACCAUUUCUAAGUGAUUUCAAUGUCCUUUUCGAUUCGCACUGUUUUUAUUUAAAUCUGAAAACUGGUGGUGAAUCUGAAUAAGCUGUAGAUCAUUUUAUAAUAUUCAGGCAUUUGUAUUGCUUUAAGAAUCUUUCUACGACUUGACUUAAACUGUGUUGAGUAACGUCUAUUGAAAAUUCAAUUUUACAGAUUACAGAUUAGAGAUAAAAAACUUGAGUGACGUCUAUUGAAAAUUCAAUUUUACAGAUUGCAGAUUACAGAUAAAAAACUUGAGUGACGUCUAUUGAAAAUUCAAUUUUACAGAUUACAGAUUACAGAUAAAAAACUUGAGUGACGUCUAUUGAAAAUUCAAUUUUACAGAUUACAGAUUACAGAUAAAAAACUUGAGUGACGUCUAUUGAAAAUUCAAUUUUACAGAUUACAGAUUACAGAUAAAAAACUUGAGUGACGUCUAUUGAAAAUUCAAUUUUACAGAUUACAGAUUACAGAUAAAAAACUAGAAGUCGUCGUUGUUAGAAGUCAAGUGAGAUUUAAAUCUACUGCGUGUUACCGACAUAAAACAAUGGUCGCCUCGGCUUUUUAUCUUUGUUAUCUAUGGUCGUUUAUAAAUAACUGUGAUGCUUGAAAAUGUGUAUCAUGUAGGGGGGGGGGAUAUAACGGAAAGAAGGGUUGGAACGGGUCGUAUUAUUUUUUUCAUGUAUUUCUGUAAUAUUUUUAAAUUUGACUAGCGCUAAGCUUAUCAUCCAGUUAUUGGUUUAAUUCGAUAUUUAUCUUUUAGCUUUUCUUUUCAUCUUAAAGGACUGUUUAGAUAAUUUCAAAAACCACUCAAUUUACAGAGUUGAUGUCAAAUUCACAACAUUAUAUUUAUCUAAGUAUUAGCAUGUAGUGUGGAUUAUAUCGUUGUUUUUUUCUUCUGAAAAGUUUCUUUGUUUCUGCUGCUUACAUCCGCAAUAGGAAAAAAUUUGCUUUUAGAUAGAAAAAAAUGAUUUCUCAUCCUUUUUGUAAUGAGCAAAGUUGUGUAACUGCUGUUUAUCAACCUGUAAUUUCUAAAAACGAGGAUCACUCGAAAUUACGUUAUCAGUCCUUUUACCCCAUUUGAUCUCGUAGCACCAGUGCAGUUUUUAAGCAAAGAAGUUUUCUAAAAUAUUUAUUUCUUAAGUUUUCGUGAAACUUAUUCGACCUUAUUCAGUCGAUUCUAAAAAAUAGUUUAAAUAAAUAGGUUACAAAAUU